CUCUGACUUUUCUGGAUGUUUCUCCUUGCAACAGGGGCGCCUUAUUGGACACACACAGAUAAAAUGGAGAAAAGGUUACACGCAGUGCCAGCAGCAAACACUGUCAAGUUUCGUUGCCCGGCUAUGGGAAACCCAACACCAACCAUGAGAUGGCUGAAAAACGGGAAAGAGUUUAAACAAGAACAUCGUAUUGGCGGCUAUAAGGUCCGUAACCAGCAUUGGAGUCUCAUCAUGGAGAGCGUAGUCCCGUCUGACAAAGGAAAUUACACGUGCAUCGUGGAAAACCAGUACGGCUCCAUCAACCACACUUACCAUCUCGAUGUUGUCGAGCGAUCACCGCACCGGCCCAUUCUCCAAGCUGGCCUUCCAGCAAAUGCCUCAGCUGUAGUCGGAGGUGAUGUCGAGUUUGUCUGCAAAGUCUACAGUGAUGCUCAACCCCACAUUCAGUGGAUAAAACACGUAGAGAAGAAUGGCAGUAAAUACGGACCAGAUGGACUGCCUUACCUUCAGGUUUUAAAGCAUUCGGGGAUAAAUAGUUCCAAUGCUGAAGUGCUGACACUGUACAAUGUGACAGAGGCGGAUGCUGGAGAAUAUAUUUGUAAGGUCUCCAAUUAUAUAGGGGAGGCCAACCAGUCUGCCUGGCUCUCUGUUCUGCCGAGUUUACAAGCUCCUGAAAAGGAAAAGGAAUAUCCAACAUCUCCAGACUACCUGGAAAUAGCAAUUUACUGCAUAGGGGUCUUCCUGAUCGCCUGCAUGGUGCUGACGGUCAUCCUGUGCCGCAUGAAGAACACCACCAAGAAGCCUGACUUCAGCAGCCAGCCUGCUGUCCACAAGCUGACAAAGCGAAUCCCUCUGCGCAGACAGGUAACAGUGUCGGCUGACUCGAGCUCCUCCAUGAACUCCAACACGCCCCUGGUGAGGAUAACUACUCGUCUCUCCUCCACUGCUGAUGCCCCAAUGCUGGCAGGGGUCUCGGAAUAUGAACUACCAGAGGACCCGAAAUGGGAGUUUCCAAGAGAUAAGCUGACGCUGGGUAAACCCCUGGGGGAAGGUUGCUUUGGGCAAGUGGUGAUGGCCGAAGCGGUGGGAAUUGACAAAGACCGGCCCAAAGAAGCAGUGACUGUGGCAGUGAAGAUGCUGAAAGAUGAUGCUACAGAAAAGGAUCUAUCCGACCUGGUGUCAGAGAUGGAGAUGAUGAAGAUGAUUGGGAAACAUAAAAAUAUCAUCAAUCUUCUUGGAGCCUGUACCCAGGAUGGUCCACUGUAUGUGAUUGUAGAAUAUGCUUCCAAAGGAAAUCUGCGUGAGUACCUGCGAGCACGCCGGCCUCCUGGGAUGGAGUACUCCUUUGAUAUUAACAGGGUCCCAGAGGAGCAGAUGACAUUCAAGGACUUGGUAUCCUGCACGUACCAGUUGGCAAGAGGCAUGGAGUACUUGGCUUCACAAAAAUGUAUCCACCGAGACCUAGCUGCAAGAAAUGUUUUGGUAACUGAAAAUAAUGUCAUGAAAAUAGCAGACUUCGGUUUAGCCAGAGACAUCAACAAUAUAGAUUAUUAUAAAAAGACUACUAAUGGACGGCUUCCAGUUAAGUGGAUGGCUCCAGAAGCUCUGUUUGACAGAGUUUACACACACCAAAGCGACGUGUAAGUGACUUUAUUUGUGUAGUCUGGAAGGGCAGGAGAGGAGACUGAUUCACAUUCCUUGAAGUUUGGGGUUCUUUGAAAUGUAUUUUCCUGCUGUCCUUUCCCUUUAAGCGUUUUCAUUUUGUUUCACGUAUUAAUAGAUGGAACAAGACUUGCCCUUAGAAAGUGAGGAUUUUAUGGUAGACUGCUAACCAGCGCUCUGUUACUAAUCUGCCUGGCUUCAAAGCACAUGAAAGGUGGAAAAUGCUAACCUCCUUCUGUCAGUGCGGAAGUUUCCCCCCUUGAACUUAUUUACGGAUGUGCAGCUACAAAGAGUCUAUCUAAUUUGCUUGGCUUUCCACAUACUCUGCACUUCCUUCAGGUUAAAAA